AUGGAUAGCUUCUCCAGUUCUGAAUCCAAGAAGGCUCCCAACUCUGUCAGCUUCACCAGCAAGGUCAACAAGGUUUAUGAAGACAAGAGCAUGGGCAUCCUCUGCUACACCGACAACAGCGGCGAAUUGAUCUGCGAGGGCUUCGACGAAGGCCCAAGGCUGACAUGGCAAGACAUGGAGAAGAUCAACAGGGAGAAGGCACUGAAAACUGAAGAAGACAGGCAGCAGGAGAGGAUGCUGCAGAUCGGCGUUGCCGGGGUCGACUGGAGCAGCCUUCAGACCAUCGUCAGCAAGCCUCCCGAACUCCAACAACCUCCACCUAACCCAAGCCGGAGAGGGGAGAUGUGCGGUGGCGCGAUCCUCGCUGACCUGAUUCCGGCGCCGCGGUCUGGGCGGGCCUGGCCGGCCAAGAACAAGCGGCGGAUGAUGAGCGACGACGAGGAGGAGGAGGACUUCGAGGCCGCCUUCGAGGAGUUCGACGGCGCCGACUCCGAGGAGGAAGGCGAGUGCGACGGCGUGGUGGAGGUCUUGGACGAUGGCAGCGAGGAGGAGGAGGGGGUGGUUCUUCCGCCGCCGCGAUUCGCUCGCGAGCGGCUGUGUCCUCUGAUUCAGCAGGGUGAGUUCCGCUUCCGCGGCGUGCGGAAGCGGCCGUGGGGGAAGUGGGCGGCGGAGAUCCGCGACCCCGUGCGCGGCGUGCGCGUCUGGCUCGGCACCUUCCCGACCGCCGAGGCCGCCGCGCGGGCCUACGACGCCGCUGCCCGCCGUCUCCGCGGCGACAAGGCCAAGCCCAACUUCCCCUCCUCCGCUCCGCCCUCGGCUCACCGCCGCAAGAGGAGGCGCCGCGCCUGCGCUACCACGCGCUCGCCGUCGCUGUCCGCCAUGAGCGAGGUCACGGCUUCCUCCGCGUCAGGCGAUUCCCCGGCGCCGGCGUUCGCUGCCUCCUCCUUCGGCGAGCCCGGUGCCGCCAAGCAGCCGCCGCCGCCGCCGACGACGACCACGAACCAUGCUUCGCAGGAGCCAUCACCGCCCGCGGUGGCGGCGUCCGCGAGCGCCGACAACCCGGAGGUGUUCGACCCGUACGACUUCCACGGCGGCGGGCUGGCCUCCUACUUCGCCGGCAGCGCCUACGAGUCCCUGGAGAACCUGUUCACCCACGGCGACAACGCCGCCGCCGCGGCCGCCGGCGUGGAGGAGCAGUGGCCGGUGGGGCUGUGGAGCUUCGCCGACGACGGCUCGUUCUGCUUCUGAACUCCGAUGGUCUGAAUCAUCACAUUGCAACCUGCUGAUUCAGUGAAGUGGCCGUGCUUGUUCUUGAUGCGUUUUCAGUUUUUUUUUUGUACAGUUUUUUUGUUUUUUCACAGCAGUAAUGUAGUAGUCUUCACUGAUCAGUCAUGAGUUCAUCACCAAUAUGAUGGAAUUAUGUGUCUUGAGUUUGUUUUAGAAGUGGCUGUAUGGAUUUACGCAGUUAUGUGUAAUUAACAAGAUACUC